AUGACCACCACCGAGUCCACGCUGCCGCCCGCGACGCCCACUGCCGAGUUCGACCAGGUCGUCGACACGCCGGCUCCCAAGAAGUUCUGGACCACCAAGGCCAUCGUCGGCGCCGUCUCGAGUGCUGCGCCGACGUCGACGUACUCGGACUCGUGGGGCGACAUCCAAGACCACGCGCCCUGCUGCUCGAGCGUCAAGUUUGCCCACUACGAGUCGGUGAAGCGUGCGUGGACGGACCCGUCGACGCAGUCGGAGUUUUGCAACACGGCGCUCAAGGUCGGUACAUCGGGUGGCAAGACCGUCGACAACAUGAUCCUGGUGACCUUCUCGAUGGGCAACCUCGUCGCGUCCGGUGCGGUGGCGUCUGGCGUCUGUAACUUUGGCUCGGGUGUCACGUGGGUCUCGAUCGCGGGUCCGAUGCAGGGCAGCAAGGCGGCCAACCUCCUUGAAGAAAAGUGCGCAUCGGGCGGCUGGGGCGCGGCUCUUCAAGGCAUUCUCGGUCUCAUUGGCUACUGCCCCGCGACGCCCGCGUACCUCAACAUGAAGACGCAAGACUCGCGCGCGCAACAAGGGGUGCACAAGGUCAUGUGCGCCGUCAAGUCGUCGGGUCUCGUCUCGACGGACGCCGUCGCGCUCUCGCUCGUGGGCCGAAUGGCCUGGAACAACGACGGUACGCUUCACGACGGUGUCGUCUCCUUCCCAAGCUGCAGCGUCGGGUUUGGCAACUUUGCAACCGAUGCUGAGGCCGGUGCCAACUACAAGGCGAGCGUCAACCACCUCGACUCGAGCUUCCGCAACGGCGACGGCUGGUGGGGCGCCGACCGCAAGCCCGUCAAGUGGUUCGAGUGCGCUUUGUAA